AUGUUUCAACAAAAUUCAUUCUACCCACAAGUUGAUUCAACAAAUCCCAACGCUGAUUCUCCAUUUUCUCACCCUUCAUCGUCAUCUUCUUCCAUUUAUCCUUCAGUGGAAACAGAAAAUCUCGUUCGGGAAGAGCCAAACAACACACAAGCCAUGGAAAACGUUCUCGUCACGGUUCAGGGUGCGAUUCUGCAUCUCAUAGAAAAGGAUUCCAGCGUGCAUCUUGCUUCGGGGGACCUAACCAUAUCGAGCCUCGGAGAAGGGGGCAAAGUAGUGGCGGUUCUCGCUUGCGUGGGUGAUAAGGUUCAGUGGCCGUUGGCCAAGGACGUGGCGGCGGUGAAGCUGGACGAGUCGCACUACUUCUUCACGCUGCAGGUCCCACAGAAGCACGCGGAGAACGGAUUUGAGGUGUUGAAUUAUGGGUUGACGGUGGCAGCGAAGGGGCAAGAGAGGGUGCUGAAGGAACUGGACGAGGUUCUGGAGAAGUAUAGCUUUCUGUCGAAGGAGAAAGUGAAGGGUGCGAGUGGAUGGGAGGUGUUGGAUGGUUCAGUGUCAACAAAGACAUCACCUGAAGAAUUAAAAUCAGAAGAGAAGAGGGAAGUGGUGGAGGAGCGUUCUGGCGCUUAUUGGACGACGUUGGCGCCAAACGUGGAGGACUACAGCGGGCGUUUUGCGAGAUGGAUUGCUGCAGGGUCGGGGCAUGUUGUUAGGGGGAUUUUGUGGGCUGGGGAUGUGACUGUGGAGAGGUUGAAGUGGGGGAAUGAUUUCUUGAAGAAGAGAUUGGAGCCUGGUUCCAACGCCCAGAUUAGUCCUCAGGCCAUGGAGAAUAUGAAAAGGGUUAAGAAGUUGACCAAGAUGUCAGAGAAAGUUGCCACUGGUGUCCUCUCUGGGGUUGUCAAAGUGUCUGGCUUCUUCACAAGUUCUGUAGUCAACUCAAAACCUGGAAAGAAGUUCUUUAGCCUUCUUCCCGGAGAAAUUGUCCUUGCUACCAUGGAUGGAUUCAAUAAGGUGGUGGAUGCUGUAGAAGUAGCUGGGAGGAAUGUCAUGUCUACUUCAUCAGUUGUGACCACUGAGCUCGUUUCACAUAAGUAUGGAGAGCAAGCAGGCCAGGUUACAAACGAAGGUCUCAACGCGGCAGGGCAUGCGAUUGGGACAGCUUGGGCAGUGUUCAAACUUAGGAAGGCACUCAAUCCGAAGAGUGUGAUCAAGCCAACAACACUAGCUAAAGCUGCUGCUGAAGCAAAUUCUGCUAAACUGAAGGCUAAGAAAUAA